AUGAGCAGCGAACAGAACCAGCCUUCAUUUGAGUCAGAUGGUCUAAAAAUUUCGUCAGUAAGGCAACCAGUAGGGGCGUACUUGGCUGCCACGACAGCAGGUACAAGUGCUGCGAGUAGUGGGCGGCGGCUUGCGUCGCAUGGCACCCGCGAUGCGGAUCCCGGACGCGGGAGCGCUGAAGACGACCGAGUAAUGAGCGACUCGGAGUUGCUGUUGCGCAGAAACGUUGGUCGACCUGACACCCUAACAGCAGUAGGAACACGCCUCCUGCCGACACGCAGUCGCGAGACGCUACUCGAGAAACUUCCCAAAGUGCGUUCUGUUGUCAUAUCCGGUGUUGCACUACUGCAACUGGUGAAAGAAUGGCAACGGGCAGGUAAAGGAAGCGCUUCCAAACGCACUGGUGUCCGAUCAAUGGAAGGCGCUGCGUCUGAAGCCUAUUGCACGGGCCAGCUCGUCGGCUACCUAGAAGUGGAGCGACGCAGUGACCCCACGAGCGACGACGCCAAAACAGCUGACGCUCUCGUCUGGGGUGACGUGAUGCACGUCACAGCAGCCUUUCCCGCUCCCCGUCUGAGCGUCAUUGCCGGUGGUCGCUCGACUUCGGGGAGUGCACCGACGUCGUUGCCCGCUGCGGUGAUAGCCAACCAGAUGCAGCAGAGGGGCACUUAUCUGUGGGAGCGUUGUCGUCUUCUAAGAGAAGCGUCCCGCGAGAAUCUGAUUGUGGGUUGGUUUUGCGUUGGCGAUACGAGGCAGCUAUCGUCUUUUGUGAACGCAGAAUGGACGGAGACGCAGUUUCAACACCAGUUCUGGUUGAAAAAUGCGGUCUGUGUUGUAUUUGAUCCACUACGGAGACACAGUAGCGGGACGCUCGGGAUUCGCGUGGUCCGCCUUUCCGAUGCGUUCAUGCGAGAGUACAGCAGACUCAUGGAUUAUCGAGUCGGAGGCUCGGGAAGCUCAAACAAGGGGUCAGCAGCGCUUCAAGCUUACGGUAGAGGUGGCGGUCGCGUCGCAGCCGGCUCAACGUUUGUCUCGGAAGUGCUGCGCGAUCUGGGGCUCUGCUCCCAGACAAUGAUCGAGGACGUUCCUUUCACAGUACACGCGUCAGCGCUCUCGGAACAGUAUCUGGCAUGGAGCGCUCUUCAGCAUCCACAAGCACGUGAGAACGCAAAGUUUACAGAACACGCUGCUGCCUGUGACUCUGAUGUUCAGAGGCUCUCACUGCGUCGCGAUGGGGUGCUCGUGGAGGAAACCGCUGGCGGUUUGAUCCAAGAUCUCGAUGAGGUCACUAGAGAGCAGUCCCGAUACCAUCACUUUCUUCGGAACUAUAUCCGAAUACAGAAUCAACAGCAUGAAUGGCUACGGAGGCGCCGGGCUGAAAACGAACAUCGGCGUCAACAGGGACAGGAGCCUCUGCCCGAGGAACCGCUUCCCGCGCAUCUUAGUUCAUAUAGUGAGCCGAGUCGUCUUGAGCCUAUGAUGACCUUUCGUGAUCUUUCGGAAACGCUGCGCGAUCUUGAACUCGUCAUUGGAGGCCGUUGUGAGAAACAAGUUACGCUCGAAUCCUUCAAGACGGUAUAG